CCCUCCCGUUUCAUCAAUCAACGUCAAAUCCCAAAGUUUUGUUUUUUUUUCUAGAGAGAGAGAGAGAAUGAAAAGGGUAGGGCUCGUCGUAUUGCUUGCGAUCGCGUUGGUUUGCAAUGGAGCUUUUGCCAAGAAGUCGUCGAGGCCUACCGUGAGGAGAGCUCAAUUCCCUAAAGAUUUCAUCUUCGGGGCUGCAACUGCUGCUUACCAGUGUGAAGGUGCUGCUCAUGAAGAUGGUAGAGGACCAAGUAUUUGGGACACCUUCUCUGAGAAACAUCCUGAAAAGAUAAAGGACCGCGGCAAUGGGUCUGUGGCAGACAACUCUUACCACUUCUACAAGCAAGAUGUUGCCUUGUUGCACAACAUCGGCUUCGGCGCCUACAGAUUCUCCAUCUCGUGGUCCAGAAUCUUGCCUCGUGGGACUCUGAAGGGAGGGAUCAACCAGGCUGGUUUAGACUACUACAACAACUUGAUCAAUGCACUUUUGUCAAAAGGAAUUAAGCCUUUCGUAACGAUCUUCCACUGGGACACUCCACAAGCCCUCGAAGACGCUUACGGCGGUUUCCGCAGUGCCCAAAUUGUGAACGAUUACAAGGACUAUGCCGAGCUGCUGUUCAAGACGUUCGGAGACAGAGUGAAGCACUGGAGCCGUGUGAGGGAGCCACUGACGGUCGUGCAGCAAGGUUAUGUGACAGGUGUUAUGGCACCCGGAAGAUGUUCCAAGUUCACAAACCCUAAAUGCCUCGGAGGCGAUGGAGCCACCGAGCCUUACAUCGUCGGCCACAACCUCCUCCUCGCCCACGCAGCAGCCGUCAAGGUCUACAGAGAGAAAUACCAGGCGAGCCAAAAGGGUCAGGUCGGGAUAGCCUUGAACGCGGGUUUUAACAUACCUUACACGAACUCACACGCGGAUAGGGUGGCGGCAGGAAGGGCAAUGGCCUUCACAUUGGACUAUUUCUUGGAGCCACUCGUCUCGGGGAAAUAUCCGGAGGAGAUGGUGAGCCACGUCAAAGGAGGCCGCCUUCCCGUGUUCACGGCCGAGCAGUCCAAAACGCUCAAAGGAUCGUUCGAUUUCAUCGGUAUCAACUACUACUCGUCCUCCUACGCCAAAGACGUUCCUUGCACCACCCAAAACGUCACCUUGUUCACUGAUCCUUGUGUCCAAGUCACAGGUGAACGAAACGGAGUGCCGAUUGGCCCAAAGGCUGCAUCGGACUGGCUCUUGAUUUACCCCAAGGGCCUUCGUGAUCUCCUCCUCUACACCAAGUACAAGUUCAAGGACCCCGUCAUUUACAUUACCGAAAACGGAGUCGAUGAGGCUAGCACUGGAAAAGUGUUCCUCAAGGAUAACGAGAGGAUCGAUUACUACGCUCACCACCUUAAGAUGGUCCAUGAAGCUAUCAAGGUGGGGGCAAAUGUGAAGGGAUUCUUCGCGUGGUCGUUGCUAGACAACUUCGAAUGGGGAGAUGGGUACACUGUCCGGUUCGGGCUGGUCUACGUGGACUACAAAGACGGGCAGAAGAGGUACCCCAAGAAAUCGGCCAAGUGGUUCAGCAAGAUCCUCAAAGGACACAAGAAGCCACGUGCCCAUGUUCAAGAGUUGCAGAACUGAUUCCAUUAUCUGUUUCGUCUUUUAAUUUUAAAUAAUCAAGCAAUUCGAUCCAAUUGGAUUAAUCACUUUGUGAAGCCUUUUGUGUAUAUUCAUUGGUUUACUUAAUAACAUGACACGAAAAAAAGAUUCGGUUAUAUGUUC